UGUGAGGACACAGUGGCAGGAAAUGACAGAAAACCUGAAUACGGAACUGAAGCAGCCGCUCAUUUUCUCGCUCAGAAGUGGCAGCAGCAAGAGAAGGAGCCAAGUGUGGACGUGAGGAGUGGGGAGCUUCGAGCAGACACUCGCGCUGUUGGAGAUGUGGAAGUCGGUCGUAGGACAUGAUGUAUCUGUUUCCGUGGAGACCCAGGGUGAUGACUGGGACACAGACCCUGACUUUGUGAAUGACAUCUCUGAGAAGGAGCAACGAUGGGGAGCAAAGACCAUCGAGGGCUCUGGACGCACAGAGCAUAUCAACAUCCACCAGCUGAGGAACAAAGUGUCGGAGGAGCAUGACAAGCUCAAGAAGAAGGAGCUGGAGUCAGGGCCCAAAGCGUCCCAUGGCUACGGUGGUCGGUUUGGUGUGGAAAGAGACCGAAUGGACAAGAGUGCUGUGGGCCAUGAGUAUGUUGCUGAGGUGGAAAAGCACUCUUCUCAGACAGAUUCUGCCAGAGGCUUUGGGGGCAAAUACGGAGUUGAGAAGGACAGAGCAGACAAGUCGGCAGUUGGCUUUGAUUACAAAGGAGAAGUGGAGAAACACACAUCUCAGAAAGAUUACUCUCGUGGCUUUGGUGGCCGUUAUGGAGUAGAGAAGGAUAAAUGGGACAAAGCAGCUCUAGGAUAUGACUACAAAGGAGAAACAGAGAAACACGAAUCCCAGAAAGAUUAUGCCAAGGGCUUUGGUGGUCAGUAUGGGAUCCAGAAGGACCGAGUGGAUAAGAGUGCUGUUGGCUUCAAUGAAAUGGAGGCCCCAACCACAGCUUAUAAGAAGACGACACCCGUAGAGGCUGCUUCUAGUGGUGCCCGUGGGCUGAAGGCAAAAUUUGAGUGCAUGGCUGAGGAGAAGAAGAAGAGGGAAGAAGAAGAGAAGGCACAGCAGAUGGCCAGGCAGCAACAGGAGAGAAAGGCCCUGGUGAAGACGAGCCACGCGGCUCAGCAACCAGCAGCCACUGUGGAAGAGCCAGUGGUGCCAGCCCCAUUGCCUAAGAAGAUCUCCUCAGAGGUCUGGCCUCCUGCAGGGAGCUGUUCAUCAUCAGAGCCUGAGCCUUUGAGAACCAGCAGGGAACACCCAGUGUCCUCCCUGCCCUCAAGGAAAGGGCCCUCAGAGGAUGAGGAGGAGGCCCCAGCUUUGCCCCCCAGGACUCUGGAAGGCCUCCAGGUGGUAGAAGAACCAGUGUAUGAAGCAGAGCCUGAGCCCGAGCCUGAGCCUGAGAAUGACUAUGAGGAUGUUGGGGAGAUAGACAUACAUGAGAAAGAUGAUGAACCCGAGGGGGACUAUGAGGAUGUGCUGGAGCCUGAGAAUCCCUCUUUGCCCUCCUCCCUGGCUGGAGCAUCAGGCUGUCCGGCUGGGGCUGGGAUCUCGGCUGUAGCCCUGUAUGAUUACCAAGGAGAGGGAAGUGAUGAGAUUUCCUUUGAUCCAGACGACGUCAUCACUGACAUUGAGAUGGUGGAUGAGGGCUGGUGGCGGGGACGUUGCCACGGCCGCUUUGGACUCUUCCCUGCAAAUUAUGUCAACCUUCUCCAGUAAAUGGCCCCUACUGCAUUCUGCACUGUGACUUCCCAUGUCCAAAGUGGCUCUGCCUCCACCUCCUCCCAUCCUGCUUCAAGUGUCUAAUAGGAUGUCACGAGUUUGCUGAAGUUCCACAUAGACUUCCCCCUCCCUCUGCAUUAGGGCUUGGGGCAGAGACAUCAUGAGGAAGGAGCUCUCCUUCAGUCCUCUCUAUCCUCUGUGAGCUCAUAGACAUUUAUCUUGUUGUCCUGCCUCCUUCCCCAUGAGUGCUCCCUCUAUCACCCCAAUCUCUGCCUUUUGCUUUCAAGAGCUCUGAGCUUCCUGGUUGGCUUACCUGGGAAGGUAUGUCUUGAUUGCCUGGUUUACCUGGUUGUGCUUUUGCCUACUUUCCUUCCUUGCAGAGAUAUCCUUUCUCUGCUCAGUCUUAAUGUUGGAAAUAAAGUGAGACUAUGUUUCACCUCUA